AUGGCACCUCCUCGCGGCACACAGACUUGUUGCGGGGGGAUUUGGCAGGUCUGGAGGUCUCGUAUGUUUCGGUAUUCGGACUCGAACUGCUUUUGUACAAGUACGGCACUAUUCGCUCAGAGCGCACGAUUUGGGUCGAGUUAG